CUUAGGUCCGGAAGACGGACCUGUGAUCCUGCUCCUGUUGCUCAAGGGAGGUCCCUCACGCUCCCCCAUACACCCCCAAAGAACUACAAUGUUACCAACAAGAAAACAUUUCCAUGGAUGUGAAAGAGACGAUGACGUCACAUUCCACAAGUGCAAAGAACCGACUGUUUUAACCUACUUUUCACUCGCUUUCUAGCACAUAGAAACAUUUUAUACGUUUUAUUUGAACUCAAACUUCCCGAAAUGGGAAGUCGCAUGGAGAAUAUGCCAUCAGAGAUGGACUAGUUAGGCGUUUUUAAUUGUGGAAAUGAUGCUGGCUUGCAUCCUAGGCAGCGCUCGGGAGCAGACUACUCAGAGCGUAUGGAUCGAAGGAAGAGGCUAUGUGUGCGGAGGGUUGCUUGGCAACAGUGACGCUAAAGGUGUUCUUCUCCCUGGAUUUACACGUCUCCACGGUCAACUACACGCUCGCCAUGGCGGCCAACACACCAAGUCCUAACAGCCAGAAGGAGACUUGUACUACGCCUCGAACUGAUACCCUGAGGCAGUCAUAUAAGCCCGCGCGAGCAAGCACUCAAAGACAGUCACAACGGACAGCUCGCACCGACCCACAGAGAAAGCCAUUAACCACCACUCGCUCUGAUCCCAACAGAAGGUCUUUCAACACACCUCGUUCUGAUCCUAAAAGACGAUCACUGUAUACUCCUCGUACUGACCCCAACAGAAGGUCUUUCAACACAUCUCGUAGUGACCCAAACCGCAGGUCAUUGCAUACACCUCGUACCGAUCCUAACAGGAGGUCGUUCACUACAGCGCGCACUGAUGCAAACAGACGGUCCUUCAACACUCGUAGUAAUGUCAACAGACAGUCGUAUAUUAAGAGUCGACAACAGACACCGGAGGUGCCCCACAGCACCACUACUGAAGAAGGACAGGAGGGAGGUGGGAUGGUGCUGGCGCCGAAGUGGGUAGUUAGACUAUCAGCGAGCCUCGCCAUCCUCGGGGGAGCCUUCCUCUUCUCCAGCGUCAGUGUGCUCACCAACAGCUUCGGUCAAGCCCAGCGCAGCUCCGAUGGUCCCAAUAAGACCACCGGUCUUAUUUUUAUGGCGUUUGGCUGUUUGUCGAUCCUGGUGUCGCUGGGCCUGGCCUACUACGGCUGCAGGAAGCGCAAGAAGAAGGAGGAAGAUGAAGUGAGCGACAGCGGCCGAGUGGUGAGCUUCGCCCCGGCCAUCUCCACCACGGCCGACAUGUUCCCGUGGCCUUCCACUCCCUCCUCCCACCACAACCCAUCCGGCUCGCCCUACAGCACGCCGGCUGCGGGCCAGCCACCGUCCUACCCUGGACCUCAGGUCGGGGAAACACCCCACUACUCGAAGCACAAAAAGGGAGCCGCUAAGGACAGAGCCGGCCACUCCCCCAAGGCGUCCCCCGGUGCUAACGGACUCCAGGAAAAGGUUGAGCUUCCGAUAGUGUCUCUGCCUCCUCCACCUCCUCCGACGACGUCGUCCUCAGACCCCGGCCCCUCACACGCGUCCUAGAGUCUCGGUGUGAGGAAGACGGUGCUAUACUCCAGCGUCCAGACUAGCCUUCUCAAUCUCUCUCAACUGGGAAUUUUCUUACACAUAAAUUUUGUAUUGCAUGUAAUAUGUAUAUUCUUCUAUAUCUUGGACACAUUUGUUAAUCUUUGUUGAAUCUGAAUAUCAUUUCGUAUAUAUAUAUAUAUAUA